AAAAAAGUUAUGGAAAAACUUUUUACCGGAACUAGCUAAUAGUCUAAAUAGUAUUAUCUUUAAAUAUUUAAUUCUUUACCAACAAAUUUAAUCAAAUAAAUAUUAAAGUAAAGUGGUUUUUAAGUAGUAUCCGGAGAAGCAUCAGCAAUGGGUCGCUUUAAAAUAUAUGAUCCAAAAAAAGUGGUAAAGAUUUUAAAUGAUAACAACUAUGCUAAAUGUUUGCUCUGUGAAAAGAAGUUAAAAAAUGUUAUGGGAAAUAUAAAAAGACACUACGAGCAAAUACACAAUAUUAAGCUAGAUGCAAAUUCGAAUAAAAAAAGGUCGAAGAGAAAAUCAAGGAGAUAUAAAGAGGAAGAUGAAGCUAAAUUGCCCCUAACACCCGAUGAAAACAAGCGAACUGCAUCAUUAAUUAUUAAAAUAGAUAAAAACGAAAACUCCUAUGCUUUGGCAAAACCCGACAAUACAAACAUUAUACCAACAUCAUUAAAAGGCAGGAAAAAUAGUGGUUUCAACAGCAAUACGAUUACUAACACUUCAAAGGAGGUUCAACUUAAUGAGAUUUCUCUAAAACCGAAAAGUGUUUCUCAGGAUAAGGUUUUAAAUAACAGCAAAACGGUUAUAGUAGCCAAUACAACUGAAGAAGAAGUAGAAAUAAAUUCGUUAAUUGAAGGUGUACUAAUAUCUAGGAAAAAUAAAUCAAAACUACAAAAUGAUAAACCAAUAAUCGAAGAACAACUGCCAGAAAACAACCCCACCCACAAAAAAAUUAAACUAAAUGAUAAAAACAAUGAAAUUCCGAAUACUAAUACGGAACUACAACGAGAUACCAACUAUAAUUCGUACAUAAAUAAUGUUCAAAUGACUUCAAUGGACUCAUGUCAUCAAGAUGAGUUGUUAAAAUGUGUUGUAGAAAUAAAAGCAGAACUCAAUAUACCUUUAAGAAAUUUUCAAGAAGGAAACACUUUUCAAGUGGCUCUGGAGUCUUCGAAACAAAAUGUUAAGCUUCAAUAUAGUUCGCAAACAAUUGGUGAACACAUGGACAAAAUGGACCGUCAACUACGUCAGAAAAUAACUGAAAUUGUAGCCAAUAGAUUAAUAUAUCUUAAACUUGACAUUGCUAGUAACAAGGAAAGCAAUUUAAUGUUGAUAAACAUUCAAUUUAUUAAAGAUUUCGAAAUUAAAGUAUUUACACUAAGAGCUCUGGAAUUACAAAAUGAUCAUUUAGCCACUUAUCUAAAGGAAAAGGUAUUAGAAACUUUGGAAUCUUAUAAAAUAGAUAUUAGUCGGGUAUAUUCCAUAACAAAAGACAAUGCUAAUAAUAUCAAAGAAUCUCUUAAACUUAAGGAGGAUAAUACAGAAAAUUCCACAAUAAAAAAAGAAAGAGAUGAUGAAGCAAAUGUUCAUACCCUAACUAGUGAAUAUUGUCAACAUUUGUGUGAACAAUUUCCCGGCCAUGCUAUACAUUUUGUAGCUUGUGAUAUAAUAAAACAGUUAAAUGAAAAUAUCAGUCAGAGUCGAGAUUCCGCCAAGAGUCUAUUCCUGCAAAUGUCUCAGUUAAAUAUAAAACCCCUGCCUAUGCUUGACAACAACAUCAGUUGGUUUUCCAUAUACGAUAUGAUUAAAUCUUUACUAAAUGUACGCGAGAAAAUCGAAAGUAAUAGUUCAUUGUUGGUAGAAGUAGAUUGGAACUUUGCCACAAAGUUUGAAGAAAGUUUUAGGCCAAUUGUCGAUAUUGCCCUUAUGCUACAAUCUAAUAAUCACUUUAUAAUGGGAGAUCUCUACAGGGAAUGGUUGCUGUGUGAGAUUGAAUUGGAAGAGUUGUCGGUUAGUAAUGAAUUGGCUUUGUAUUUGCUGGAAGCAAUGGGUAAUCGUAAAAGAGAUUUAUUUAAAAAUACCACAUUUUUGGCUGCCUUAUAUUUGGAUCCACGAUUUUGUUAUAUAGCAACGAUGCACUUGAAUGAUCAGCAAAAAGAAAUGGCAGUAACUCAAUUACUGCAAAUAUUCAAUAAAUUAAAACGUAUACAGGAAAAUGAAAAUAUCGUUACUUCGUGUUCAAAACACUCCGAUCGCUAUACAAAACUGGAGAACAAUAUAGCAGCCACAAGUAAUAUGGCAACGAUCUCAACUAAUCAUUUAGCUACUUUAAAUAAUGUCGACUGUCAAUGGGUCAGGGAAGCCCUAGAAUCAUUGCAAUUUGAAGAAAGGCUUCCCUUCAAUACCAAUAUUUUGGAUUAUUGGAAAAUGGCGAAAUAUAAAAAUCCCAUACUAGCAAAAAUAGCGGAAAUAGCUUUGGCAGCGCCUGCUACACAAGCCACCAUCAACCGAGUAAUACAUGCCUGGUCAAUAACGCUAAUGAAACGUAAUAAUAAUAUAAGCUCAGAUAAUAUAGAAACUAUUUUAUUGCUUAAAUUGAAUCAGGAUUUAGUUGAUAAAAUAUCAUUAGGAAAAUAACACAUUUAAUUAUUAUCAUUUUUUAAAACUGUUUUGAUAUUUAGCUUUAGUUGCAUCUUAAAAUUGUACACAAUUAUAUACACACAUGGACAAAAGUGAUCGUCACCUAACAUAUUUUAUGUUUGGAGGUCCACCACGUGCAGAAAAAUAUUCGAACACAAAAUUUAAGAACUGGGAAUGAUUUUAGAACAUAUUUAUUUCAUUUUAAUUGAAUAAAAACUUAAAAUAAAUGAUUAUGGCGAU